AUGAUUAUUCUUCAAUGCCUAUUAAAUUUUAUGAUUGUAUACCUAAGGGUUUCUCUCAUACUUAUUUGCUUUCAUAUUUUAUCUUUUUGAUGCACCAGUUUCCGUUCAAAGAACGUUGCUAUACGUUAUUAAAAGUGGUUCUCUUGUUGAUAACCUAAUUUGGUUAUCGCUGCGUUAUAUUCUUGGCCGGGUAUUAAAAUUCGCAGACACGACAGUUAUUUACAUUUCUUUUCCGAUAUUUCGAAGAAAAUGAAGUAUAUAGAAGUGCAUUUCGUUUUAAUUAUUUUAAAUGUUUUUCUACUCGAAUAUUCGAACGUGGUAACAGGAGAAGUACUUUUUAAGCCCGAAAUAAUCUACGUCGAAGACAUAUGUAGGAAAAAUGAAAUUUUUAGUCAAUGCCAGGCAGAUCCAAAUUGCGAAAAGAAUUGUGAUAAUGUUGAUAUCUGGGAAUCUAUGCCUUGCAUUCAGACAAAAAAUUGUUUAAGUGGUUGUAUCUGUGACAAGGGAUAUUAGUGUGAAUAAGAGAUGCGUAGACGCAUUUUGGUAGAAGUUGGUGGGGGAAUGUGGCGGCGCGUGAUAUGAUAGCGUUUUGAGAUGGUUCAGUUCCGCGCUGUCUCACGUGCGCGACACAUUUCGAGAAACGUGGAAAUAUUGGUGUCAUAAAUCGUGCAAAAAAAA